GAAAACUCUUUAUUUCCCACAUUUAAACUUUGACUCUUCGUUUCUAUCAAUUUUACAGCCCAUUUGAAAAGAAAACCUUCUGAAAUCAGUCCUUCAUCCCCCCUCUUUCCCUAUAAAACCAUCAAACAAACAAGAAGUAUCCACCCCACUCUCUCUCUCUUUCUUAAUGGCACCAAAGCGUGCAAACCCUGUUGAAGUCCCAGCACCCGCUUUUUCAUCUGAAGAAGAUGAAGAGGUGACUUCUUCUGAGGAAGAAGAAGAAGGGUCUUCAACUGAGGAAGAAGGUGAGGAAGACCCCAAAACCAAGUCUACUCCAUUGACCCACAAGAUCCCACCACACAGAAAGCUUGAAACCGCUAACGAUGAAUCUGAUGAAUCCGGUUCUGAUUCCGAAUCUGAAUCCGACACCGCUGCACCGGUUGCUAUUGCGACGAAACCCGGAUCGAAUAAGCCCUUGGCUUCUUCAUCUAAACGGCCUGGGGAGUCUGGGUUGGAUGCCAAAGAAGGGAAACGACCCAAGAAGAAGGUUGGGGGAGAAGGGAUGGCUACUGCACCUGUUGUGGAGGAGGUGAAAAGGACUGGUGAAGAUGCAAAGAAGCUGCUGUUCCAGCGGUUGUUUAGUGAAGAUGAUGAGAUUGCUUUGUUGAAAGGUAUGUUGGAUUAUUCUGCUAAGACAGGGGCUGACCCUCAUACUGAUAUGAAUGGAUUUUAUGACUUCGUUAAGAAAUCGAUUCAUACUAAUGUUAGCAAAGUACAAUUGAUGGAUAAGGUUAGAAGACUAAAGAAAAAAUUCAAAAACAAUGUUGGUAAAAAUAAGAAGGGUGAGGAUCCAACUUUCUCUAAAGCCCAUGAACAAAAAGCUUUUGAGUUGUCGAAAAAGAUUUGGGGAGUUAGUGGAAAAGUUGAGUCUUCAACUGCCAAGUCGAAUGGGAAAGCCAAGGGGAAUAACAAGGUAGUGGCAGCAUUGAAAGCUGAGUUGCCUUCUUCAUCCGAUAAGAAAACAGACAAUGCGGUGCCAAUAGAGGUCGAUAUUGUGGUGUCUAAGAGUUACAGUAGUUUGCUUGAUAUGAAAUUUAGUGUCUCUGACACGGAAGUAGGUGUUGUAAAGGUCGGGUUGGAUAUGGUUGAUGGUGAGAAGAAGGCUGCUUUGGAGGCAAAAUGGAGGAAAUUGCAAAUGGCGCAGUUGGAGUUGUUUGUUGAGCGAGCUGAAUUUGUGACUGAGCAAGCUAAGUUGGCGCUGAAAUAUUACAAGUCCGAAGACGAAUAGAUUGGCAAGAAAUGAAAUUUUUUAACUUCUGUGAUUAUUAGUCUGCUGCGACCCUCUAUUGGCCUUCGGUGCUUACUUUACUUUUUAAACUGCUGCUGCCAUCUCUCUUAAGCCUUGAAGGAAUUGCUGUUUUGCUGCCAUUUACCAAAAAUUCCUCUCUUGUAAAUCUAGCUUGUUUUGGUUCUAAAAUUGCUUCACUUUGUUGUACAAAUCAGGUACUGAACAUGUUCAAAAAUCUGCUGCUAUUUGGCUUAAUGUAAUGCUGCUUUACCA